UUUGGUAACGGAGAGUUGGCCCCGGCCCUGCAGUCCUCUGCCGCAGUCGCUGGGCUGCGCCGCCGCCGCCGCCGUCGCCGGGACGCGCCGCCGAGCCCUUCGUCGCCUCCAGUCCCGCGGCCUCGGUUCGCCUCGCCUGCCGCACGCCCACCAUGACGAAGACUGAGAAGAAGUCCUUCCAUCAGAGCCUGGCCGAGUGGAAGCUGUUCAUCUACAACCCGACCAGCGGAGAGUUCCUGGGGCGCACCGCCAAAAGCUGGGGUCUGAUCUUGCUCUUCUACCUAGUUUUCUAUGGGUUCUUGGCUGCACUCUUCACAUUCACAAUGUGGGCCAUGCUCCAGACACUGAAUGAUGAGAUUCCGAAAUACCGAGACCAGAUUACUAGUCCAGGACUCAUGGUUUUUCCAAAACCAGUGACUGCCUUGGAAUAUACAUAUGACAUGUCUGAGCCAAGUACUUAUGGAAAGUUCACUGCAGACCUGAAGAGGUUCCUAGAGCCAUAUUCUGUAGAAGAACAGAAGAAUCUCACAAACUGCCCCGAUGGAGAAGUUUUUGAACAGAAUGGUCCAGUUUAUCAAGCAUGUCAGUUUCCAGUUUCCUUGCUUCAAGAUUGCAGUGGUGUGAAUGAUGCUGAUUUUGGCUAUUCCAAAGGCCAGCCUUGUAUUCUUGUGAAAAUGAACAGAAUAAUUGAAUUAAUCCCACUGGGAGUUCCACGGAUUCUGUGCACACCAAAGGAAAAUAACAUAGCAAAUAUAUCAACUUAUCCUGACCGGGGAGUUAUAGACUUAAAGUAUUUUCCAUACUAUGGGAAAAAACGGCACGUUGGGUAUCGACAGCCCCUAGUUGCCGUCCAGGUCAUCUUUGGAUCUAGUUCUGUCAAGAAAGAAGUAACAGUUGAGUGCCAAAUUGAUGGACCAAAGAACCUAAAAAACAAGGAUGACCGUGACAAGUUUUUGGGACGAGUUGUGUUCAAGGUCACAGUAAGCCCCUAGGAGUAGGGCGUUUCCACAGAAUAAACGUCUGUCCCCAUUUUGUAUCAGCUGGACCUGCCAUUCUAGGAUGAGGAGGCCACCUUGGAGGAGGUGGUGUGGUACACACUGGGAUGACAUCAUAAUGUGCUUCCAGAUCAUAGUGUUCAGUGUCCUGAAGUAACUGCCUGCUGCCUCUGCUGCCCUUUGAACCAGUGUACGGUCGCCAGAUAGGGACCAGUGAGCUCCCAGUUCCAAACAUGCAGAGUGGGGGGUCUCGUCUUCUGUGUGUAAUUGCCAAACGUCUAAAGCUUCAUGUGCUGUGCUGUGUAAAUAUUUCAUGGAUUUAACACUGGUAACUGUCAUAUUUUGAUGCCAACAAAGUUUAGGGAUAAAAUGGUACCUUGCCAACAUCAAGUGACUUUAGCUGCAAGAAAUGUGUGAGAAGUUCUGUAUGUGAGGAGGAAAAAGAAAAUAAAAGUGGAUCUCAAAGUA